AUGAGGCGGCAGGAGGCGCUGGUGGUGACGGCAGGGACAGCAGCGGAGGCCAGCCGCGACGGAGAGCAGCCUAGGCCCCCAGGGCUGGGGUGCAGGGCUCGCGCUGAGCCGGGCGGCCCCCAAGAGCCCCGCCAACAAUGGAAGACGUUUUUAUACUGUGAGCCCCAUAAGAGAAUCAAGGAGGUUUUGGAAGAAGAACUUUCUAUCAAGAGGGAUGAGUGCCACGUGAAAAGCACACCUGCAGUGGCCCUGGAUGGAAUUUGGAGCAUCAAAAGGAAUCUCCCUAUGGGAGGCAUGAUGCCAGGACAGCAGAGCAGAAACAGUUCACUUCCACAAGCCAAGUACUAUUCAAGGCAUGGAGGGCUGAGAAGGUCCCAGGCCUCUUUCGGAGGAAGGACCAUGGGAACGGGUGUGAUGGAGGCCAGCCAGACCUCCUCCUGUGCUGGCCAGCUGCUUGAGAAGAGUGUCUCCACCAAGGAGAAUUAG